AUGGAGUACAGAGAGCGCAAUAACCACGACAGUCUCGUCUCGACGUCGACGUACGCGUCGACUGCGUAUGACCCGGCUUCUUACACGGCCAUCAAGGAUGGGGAGACGAAGGAGCAUGAGCAGCGGGCAACGGAUCCCAUGCUGGUGGAUGAGACUGUCACCAUCCAGCCAUGGAAGGCAUCGAAGCACCAGAUGAUUAUCAUCAUCACCUUGUCUAUCAUGUCAUUCGUCAUUGCCUUGGACGCCAACGUGAUUGUCACGUCUCUGAGUUCCAUCAUCCAAGAUAUUGGUGGAACAUCAACACAAGCUUUCUGGAUUGGAACUUCCUACCUGAUCUCUUGUGCUGUUGCCAUGCCAUUCUUGGCAUCUCUCAGCGAUAUCUUCGGUCGACCCAUCAUUCUCAUCGGCAGUCUCAUCCUCUUCACACUGGGCACAAUUCUGUGCUGUGUUGCGAGUGACAUUGGACUGCUUCUCGUUGGUCGUGUUAUUCAGGGUGUCGGUGCUGGCGGCAUGUACGUCCUCAGUCUCGUUGUCUUCACCGACAUCGUGCCUCUGCGCCACCGACCUAAGCUCUAUGGCAUCAUCCAAAUGGCUUGGGCUGUUGGCUCUCUCGUCGGCCCCAUCAUUGGCGGUGCCAUUGCAGAGCAUACUACGUGGAGAUGGAUCUUCUACAUCAACUUCCCCAUCUGCGGCUACUCUCUCAUCGCAGUACCCAUUCUCCUGACUCUGAAGCCACCCACUGCUACCUUCUCUCAGAAGCUGAAGCGGGUCGACUGGCUCGGUGGCUUCUUGUUCAUCGGGUCUAUGGUCACUUUCCUCAUCGGUCUCUCUUGGGGAGGUAACGAUUUCCCAUGGAGGAGUGUCCAGACUCUUGUGCCCCUGUUCAUUGGCGCCGGUGGUCUGGUCGUCGCACUGGUCUACGAGCACAAGUUUGCGAAGCUGCCGUUUUUGCGGAAGAUUCUCUUCACGGACAGGAGUGCUAUCGUGGUCUACAUCCUUGGUGCCCUCCAAGGCUUCAUCCUCUAUGGCCAGCUGUACUACAUCCCCUUUUAUUUCCUCUCUGUCCCUGAGUACAGCCCUACCAUGGCCGGUGUGGCAAUGCUCCCGGUCACCCUUCUGCUUCUCCCUGGAUCCAUCAUCUCUGGCAUUCUUGUCUCUCGCUACAACGCCUACCGCUGGUCCAUCUGGAUCGGCUGGGCUCUGCUCGCUCUUGCAUCUGGACUUCUCAUCUACUGGGGCGUUGGCACAUCUGUUGCUGUACAUGUCAUCACCCUGGUCAUUGGCGGUGUCGGCCACGGCUUCAUCCUCAACGCCCAGACGUUUGUCACUGGUGCCAUCGUGGACCCCCAGAACUCGGGCCACGCCGCGAGCAUGUACCUGUUCCUCCGCAUGCUGGGCUGCGCCAUCGGCGUCAACGUGGGCUCGACCACGUUCCAGAACGUCAUGGCGCUUAAGCUCCGCCGCCAGGGCAUUGCCGAGGACAUUGCCCGCCGCGCCGAGGAGUACCUUCUCGUCGUCAAGACUCUGCCCGACGGCACCUUCAAGGAUGCCGUCCUCGAGUCGUACGCCUACGGCUUCAAGGGCGUGCACGGCGUCUACGUCGCGCUGGCUGUCAUCGCCUUCUUCCUGAGCUUUCUGAUCCGUCACUACGAUCUCAACAGGAUCCACGAGACGGAGCACAGGCUGCAGCAGAACCGCGUCUCGCGCAUGUUCGAGACUCACCAGCACCGCACCCGCGGUGAGCCUAUCCCCACGUCUGACGAGAGCUCUUAG